AUGGUCACAGACGUCGCUCCUACGUCCAUGAUCCAUGCGGCUGCUCCCCAUUUUCUGUGGCCGUUUGCGGUUCAAUACGCUGCGCAUCAGCUCAACCUCCAGCCCCGGGUCUCCAUGCCGGACACCACACCUACUCUGCAAUGGACGGCAAAGGUUGGCGAUGCCUCUGCGUUCUGUGUCUGGGGAUCUCGAGCUUUUGUCCGUGACUUGUCUGCGGACAAGCUGUCCUCCCGUGCUGUUCCCUGCGUCUUCCUUGGCUUCCCCCCUGACGCGCCUGGUUGGCAGUUUUACCACCCCACCUCGCGUCGUGUUCUGUCCUUCCAGGACGUCACGUUUGACGAGUCGGUUCCUUACUACCGUGUGUCUCAGGUAGACGCACUCGAGCCUGUCGAGGUAGCUGUUGACUGUGGUGCUGCUAGGAGUGCUGAGCCUGCGGGUGCCGGGUCUGGGGGUGCUGAGCCUGAGCGUGCGGAGCCUGGGGGUGCAGAGUCUAAGGGUGCUGAGCCUGGGGGUGCUGAGCCUUGGGUUUUUGAUUCUGGGGGUGCUUAUCCUAAGGGAGCUGAGCCUCAAGGUCCCUCAGGUGCUUCAUCCCAACGGGAGCCACUCUCUCCACAGCAGCGGCGCGAGUGGUUUGGUCGGUGCUGGAGCCCUGCUGCUGGAGCUCAAGGUACUACGGGCUCUGGAGGUCUUGCUGUUGCUGGUGGUGCUGGGGGUUCUGGAGCCACCGGUCCCGGAGGUGCUCGUACUGGAGCUGCUGCCGGGCAUGGUGGUGCUGCUGGAGCUGGAGCUGCUGGAGGGGCUGGAGCUGGCGAUGCUGCUGGAGCAGGUGCUGCUGGAGGCACUGGAGCUGGCGCUACUUGA